AUGAGGUCCACAAAGCUCAUCCUCUCAGUGGCGGCAGUCGCGCUGCUUGCGACGCUUGCCUGGAACGUUGCUCCUGCGGCAGCAAGCCCAGCAGCUCCCGAACGCAUCCGUGCUGCGCUCCUGGGUGCGUUCGUUGGCGACGCACUUGCGCUGUCAACCCAAGGCGAGUACCAGUCAAACAAGAUCCGGUCGGCCUUCCCAAAGACAAUCCGAGAGUUCGCUGCCUCCAUCAAAAAGUCGAAAACGAACGAAGGCAAGUUUGCUGGCGAUCUCACCGAGGUUGGCCAAGUCGUCCUCGCCACGUUGACCGAAGUCGAAAAGCAGUACGAAAGUGGAAGUUCCCAGUUGAAUGUCCCUGCGAUCCAGACAGCCAUCUCUUCGGCUGCCCGACAGGCGUACGGAGCAGCACCGCCAAGCACCAGCAACACCCUGGACGCGAGUCUGCGCUUCCUCCCUCUGGUCGGUGUUGAGUCUGACGAAACUGUUCUGGCGACCAAGGCCCGCUUGCUGUCGGAUGCUACGCAUGACAAUGAGGAUCCUCGCGAUGCUGCAGAGUUCCUUGCUCGCGUGAUUUACCGCAUUGUUCACAUUCGCCAGUCCCCCAACGAUGCCAUCAAUGCUGUUCUCAAGUUCAUGCUGGCCCAGCACCAGGACGCACGCAACCGUCGUCUCAAGACCAACCCUUCACUCCACGUGACUGGCGACAGCACCAAGGACGACGACUACGACGAUGGUGCUGUUCGUCUGGCGCGCUGGAUUUCGUACGCUCGCAAGGCCGCAACCAAGGCCGCAACUGCCCAAAGCAACCACAUCUCCUUCGACCAUGCGGACAUUGCCGAAGAGGAUGGCUACACGCAUCCCAAGAUCGAGGAACACGACACCAUUAUGCUGAACGAGGAAGCCAUCACGUACAUUCUCGUCGAGGAAAACAACUUUGAUGUUCAGGGCAAGGACUCGAGUGCCGAUUCAUCCAGCGCAAAGCGGAUUGAGACAGAGGAGGAGCGCAACGCGCGUGAGAGCAAGCUCCGAAACCGCCCAAAGACCAAGAUGAACGCGCGUUCCUUGCUCAUGAUCUCCAAGUCUGGUGCCACCGAAGCCGCUCUGCCCGCUGCCAUCUACCUCGUUUUGCGCUCCAAGAACUUGGAAGAGGCUCUGAUUGCCAACGCCCUUCUUGGUGGCGAUGCUGCAUCGCGCGGCAUGGUGAUUGGCAUGAUCUUUGGUGCGAGCCAAGGCAUUGAGGCCAUCCCUGCGCGCUGGAUUUCGUCGCUGCGGUCACUCGACUCGCUCAACGAUGGUCUUGCUCGUUUGCCACUUGUCACCAACUUGUUGCGCCACUCUGAUGAGUUGUGAGCGGAAGGAGCGUUCUGCUUUUCUGCGUGAAUUUCGACAUUGAUUUUGGUACAUGCGCGUCUCCCCGA